CUUUCAGUAAUGUCCUCUCCCCCGACGGACACAACGCCCCUCCUUGAGAAUGGAAAUGAUUAUCACGAACUCAGGUCCUUCACUCAUCGUGUGGUUGACGUGCUGAAGGCCGAGGGCGAACCAUCUUGGCUUGCGUCCUACCGAUACUUCAUAUUCGGUUCUUGGGUGAAUGUGCUUUUGCUAUUCAUACCACUCAGCUUUGUUGCCGAGUUCUUGAACUGGGAUGCGGCUCUCCGAUUUUCUUUCAGCUUUUUGGCGAUUAUGCCUUUGGCUGCGCUGCUGGGAACAGCCACAGACCAGAUGUCCAUGAAGCUCGGUCAAACCCUCGCUGGUUUAUUGAAUGCGUCGUUUGGCAAUGCCGUUGAGAUCAUUGUCGGCGUUGCCGCCCUUCUUCAAGAUGAAUUGCGCAUUGUACAGACAUCGAUGCUCGGUUCCAUAUUGUCAAACUUGUUGCUGGUGCUGGGUUGUUCGUUCUUCGCUGGCGGUUUAUUGUACCAGCAGAGCGAAUUUGACCAAACUGCGGCCCAGGCUUCUAGCUCGUUGAUGACACUGGCGUGCAUCACUUUGGUUAUACCCGCUGCAUACCAUAGUUCCCAGACGGUCCACAACCCUGGAGACGCAGUAAACGGGGUUGUAAGCGAUGUGACAGAAUCCGAGGCCGGCUUGCGGUUCAUCUCCCGUGGUACUGCGCUGCUUCUUCUUGUUGUAUAUGUUGGUUACCUCAUAUUCCAAUUGAAGACACACGCAAACUUGUUCGAGAGCGAACAGCAGCAAGACGAAGAGCCUCCUGAAAUGAACAUCGCAGCAGCAGCUACUGGCUUACUCGGAGCAACUGUGGUGACGUCAUUUUGCGCAGACAAUUUGGUGGGAUCCAUUGAGGAGACUGCGGACCGCUAUCACAUCCCAAAACAAUUCAUUGGGGUUAUACUCCUUCCUAUUGUAGCGAAUGCAGCGGAGCACGUCACCUCCGUCUGGAUGGCUCGUAAGAACAAGAUGCCGCUCACUAUCAGUAUCUGCGUGGGCAGUGCAAUUCAAUUGGCGACCUUCGUUGUCCCUCUUCUGGUUGUUGUUGGGUGGAUCACUCACCAUGACUUGACUCUGAACUUCUCAAACUUCGAGACAAUCGUUUUGUUCGUGUCUGUCCUACUGGUUCAAUUCCUCGUCCAGGACGGGAAAUCAAACUACAUGGAAGGAAUGAUGCUAAUAGCACUAUAUCUGGUCAUUGCGAUUGCCUGUAAGCCUCGUCUUCCAUUUCAUGCGUGUAGCUGCUCAUCAGGUCUUUACAGUUUGGGUGUCGAAGUGAUCCCUGCACACUCGAAAUCCCACCCCCGCAUCAUGUCUCGUACCAAAAAUGCGUCUCAUUCGCGGUUCCCCUGUUAUUCGUAUCUUACCUACUUUGUAUGGCCACGUGUAGUAUUGGAUUUGCAGACAUGGGAAGUCGACGAGCUUCGGACGCUGACGGCGAUGCCGCCUGACUUGCCAUGUCAUGCUUACUCGGAUUGUUACUACCAUUCUCGCCUGUUAUCAUCGCAGACAUGUCUGCAGCAAACAAGUGUUGUUGACUCAGGUCGCGGACUUGUCUUUGGACCUCAAGGCCUCAUGUAUGAGCCAUCAUAA